AGGGAACCUGUGCCCGGGAGGCUUGUGCGUACUGCCUGCGGCUGCGUUGCUCCUCGGGAAAGGCGCGCAGUUUGUGGCCGCGGCCUUUUGGCUGGGAUGAUCCGCGCUCCCGGUGGAGGCGGGGGGAGCUGAGCUGGAGCCAUGGUGAGUGCGGCUUCAUUCUCCCGGGCGACCUCCGGCCUAGGCCCCGACCUCAUCUUCUGGCCUCGGCGGGUUGCGGCUGAGGUUGUGUCCCCUAGGGCAACUUCGGGAGGGAGGUCUUUGGGGCGUCCAGCUCCCCAGGACACAAAACUGUUGGCUCACUUUUCUUGGGUGUUUGUCUUCAUGCGUUGUCUCCAGCCUCUGAUCCGCUGUCCCAGGCUUUGGGCGCUAAAGCGUUCCUUCCCUGGAAGUCAACUUAAGGGUCUGUUAUGAAUUCGGCCAUUCCUAUAAACGCAUCUGAUAUAACUGCCCUUCCUCCCCGUACUUGUUCCACUUUGUUCUAUGCUUCCUUUCCGGGUGGUUCUUGCAAAAAUAGAUCUCUCCACUUUCUGAACAUCUUUGGAGCUCCUAAUUGGAGACAAUAAGACGGGAUAGUGCUGAAAGCAGGCCUUUAAUAAGCUAGUCUCCUAGUUUAGCCCACCCUUUUCAUUGAAAAUGUUUAAACAAAUUUUACAGCAGUCAGUGACAGUUGUUCCUUCUCUGGUAGAAACCUUAAUUCCAUUGCUCUUGAUUGAACUUUAUGUGACUUCAUUUGCCCAGAGCUAAGAAAAGUUUUCAAAGGGAGGUUAUCUUUUUCACUAUUGUGAAAGAGGGCAAGUCGAGUUGGCCUCUUCUGAAGUGAAAAGCCCCAUGCCUUUACAAUGCAUUCAGUAUUAGUUGCAGUAGGUUUGAAGGAUUAUUGAGCAGAAUAUUUUCACCUUAACGCUUGUUUCUCCUCUUGAAAUGCAACUAGUAAUGAGUAAGGGAUGGGAUAAUGAUCAAAAGGAAUGGUGGAAGUUACAGAAAUAAAUGUUUACUCUUCUCUUUCCAGGCCAGUACAGUGGUAGCAGUUGGACUAACCAUUGCUGCUGCAGGAUUUGCAGGUCGUUAUGUUUUGCAAGCUAUGAAGCAUAUGGAGCCUCAAGUAAAACAAGUUUUUCAGAGUCUGCCAAAAUCUGCCUUUAGUGGUGGCUAUUACAGAGGUGGGUUUGAACCCAAAAUGACAAAACGGGAAGCAGCAUUAAUACUAGGUGUAAGCCCUACUGCCAAUAAAGGGAAAAUAAGAGAUGCUCAUCGACGAAUUAUGCUCUUAAAUCACCCAGACAAAGGAGGAUCUCCUUAUAUAGCAGCCAAAAUCAAUGAAGCUAAAGAUUUACUAGAAGGUCAAGCUAAAAAAUGAAGUAAACUUAUAAUGAAUUUUAAGUUCAUAUUAGUUAUGUUAUGUGAGUGCCAACUUUUUAUAAUAAAAUGCCUCAGAGGUUCAGUUUUGAAAAUGACUUGGCAUACACUAAAGCCUUGGUAUAAUUUCGUUUAAAUUUGAGGAUUUUAAGUCAGACUAUAGAUUAGAAUAUUUGAUGGACAAAUGCAGACUGUUGAAUAGAAAUAUUAUUCAUUACUUAUUGCAAGUAAGUUGCUUUGUGUACUGUUCAAGACAAAGUGAAGUAGACAGUCCUUGCUCUCAGCCUCCAGUCUGGUGGGAGACUGGUAAACUGGUAGUUAAGCUGUUCAAGCUGGCCCAGCUACAGGGAACCUUAUAUUUAAAAGUGAAUUUAGCCAUGAUUUUGAUUUAAGUAAGCAACCUGUGUGUGUGUGUGUAUAUAUAUAUAUAUAUAAUGUCACUGAUAGAAUUGUUUCAUACAUUAAAAAUUCUUUUAACAUGGCUCUGUGCCUAUAGCUCAGUGUCUAGGGUGCCAGCCACAUACACUGGAGCUAGUGGGUUCAAACCCAGCUCUGGCCUGCCAAACAAUGACAACUACAACCAAAAAAUAGCUGGGCGUUGUGGCGGGUGCCUGUAGUUCCAGCUACCCAGGAGGCUGAGGCAAGAGAAUCACUGGAGUCCAAGAGUGUGAGGUUGCCGUGAGCUAUGUGAUGCCACAGCACUCUACCGAGGGCUACAAAUAAAUAAAUUUAACAGUAUGAUAACGAUUUGAGAGUACAAAUCCUAUUAUUAAGUAUUUACAUUGUAUUUAGCCCCUUAAAGGUACUAUUUGCAAAUUAUUCCUCCAACUGGUUAUUUUUUUGACACAAUAGAAGUUUUGUAAUUAUUAAAAUCAAACUUAAACAGUUGGCAAAACUGAAAACUCUUAGUGCCCUCAAUAUCAACUUAUCAACUUGGAUUAUUAAGAAUUUAUAUACUAGGCAGCGCCUGUGGCUCAAAGGAGUAGGGCGCUGGCCCCAUAUACUAGAGGUGGUGGGUUCAAACCCAGCCCCAGCAAAAAAAAAAAAAAAGAAUUUAUAUACUAAUACAUUUAAAUGAUACUUGAGGGCAAAUGACUGUCUAACAAAGUAUGUGUCUUAACUAGAGCCUCUGUAUACACAUCUGAGGUAAGCUAGCUAAUCAGUAUUCCCCACCAAGGGUAUCAUGUGUAACUCUGAGUUGAUAAAUUAUACUAACUACCAUCCAGAUUUAAAGGUCUUGAUUAUUAACCGAGAAUACAAAGACCUGAUGUGUAAAAAUAAUGGGGAUAGUCAUAUGUAUUGGCAUUUUAAAGUAAGGGUGUAGCUGUUCUUUUUAUACCUAGUACCCUUGUUUAAAAUGUGAUGAAGUCGGUUAUGAUUUAGUGAAGCCCUUAACUUCUAAGGCUCUUGUGUAUUUCCAGGGGCAAGUGGGCAUGAAGGUAUAAUUGGUUCUUGUUCAUUGUACUUUUUUGUCCUAUAAAGUUGCUGUGAACACUCAAUUAGCAAACACUGAACUAUUGUUCCUAGGGGAAAUAUAGGUUCCUAUAAGCCUGUGGUCACACCUUUCUCAGCUGAUGAAUAUAUAACUUUUACAUGUUUCUGUUUAAAAACAUGUAAUAUGUAUUAUCAUUAACACAACCCACAGCCAACACCAUUAUAACUUAACCUUGAUGCAUAACACCCACCUCUGCUUGAAGAACACUACUAGAUGACAGUUCACUCCUUUUGGGAACCAUCUUAACAGCAAAAUUUUCAACAAAAUGUGUAAAGAUGAUAGAUCAUAAAAAAGGAUACUUGUUUUUGAGAGCUGAAACAAGGAAGAGCAUUGUUUUUGCACAUGGAGUGUUUGAAAUUUUUGCCAUUCUGUGCAUAUUCACCAAUGACCAGAAAUAUCACAUCAAGUGUUGAUUUUGGAGUUACAAAUAAAUUGUAUUAAGUAGGCAAAUUCACUAGUAUAGAAGAUCAACUGUAUUUUGGUUUACCAAUCUUUUAUUUCAGUCCUUUGGACUAAUCAAAAAAUGGUUCUGUGAACAAGAGCCUCACUUAAAACUAAAAAGCUAAUUUUUUAAAGUGUGAUGGUAUGACCAUAGGCAGUGAAGCAUUCACUCCAAAAUACUGUUGAGUGUCUAAUAGCACAAACUUUUUUAAGACAGAUGCUGAGAUAAAGGAAACCACUUUAAAAUAAUAUGCACUGCUUUGCUCCUCAGUAUUUUUCUUACCCAUCAGUCUUCCUGCAGGAUUACCUUUUUCAAGUAGAAGAAAAAGGGAAAACUGAACAUUUAAAUGUCAUCCAGGUGAGGGUUCUAGAUCAUAGUGGGUAAUUAAUACAAUAGUUAAUCACUCAAGACAACAGAAGGUUGUCAUCUCUUAGGGCUCCUGCUUCCUUGUCUGUAGGAUAAAUGGCUACCCUGAAACUAAGGAUUCCUCCACAUUUUAUGGCUAGGGAAACAAAAAGCCACAGAGAAUGGUUUCUAAGGUUAUAGCUAGUGAAACUACAAUUAAGGCCUGGGUGUCUUCUCAAUUCACUGUUUAUAGUUAUCAAAAAGUGUUCUGGGAGGAAUGCCUAUUUGUAACUUUACUAUUAGUUCUGGCAUACUAGAGAUUUCUGUGUCCUUUAGCCUAGUGGUCCCCAAACUUUUUGGCACCAGGAACCAGUUUCGUGGAAGACCAUUUUUCCUUGGGGGAGGGGAUGAAGGGGAAAAUCUGACAGGAGUUGGAGCUCAGGUGGCGGUGAUCCAAGCAAUGGGGAGCUGAUUAAGUGCAUACGCAGCUUCUGCAGCUUCGCCAUCACCCACUCUCCCUGCUAAGUGGCCUAGUUCUUGAUAGGCCAGGGACCAGUAAUGGUGUAGGUCUGUGGCUUGGGGGACCAUAGCCUUAGCCGCCUUCCCUUCCUUUAAAUCCGAAGCUACCCGCUCACUGCCUGUAGCUCAGCGACUAGAGCAGCCACAUACAUCAGGGCUGGCGGGGUUUGAGCCCGGCACAGGGCAGCUGAACAACAACUGCAACAAGAAAACAGCCAGACUUUGUGGCAGGCACCUAUAGUCCCAGCUACUUGGGAGGCUGAGACAAGAGAAUCACUACUGCAUUCUACUGAGGACGACAUAGUGAGACUCUCAAAAAAACAAAAGUCCGAAGCUACUGUAUAUAAAAAGUCUGUGUUGGUAAUGAAAGGAUAUAAUUGAGUGGUCUUGGUAGUUAACUAUGUUCUUCCACCUUUAGUUUUAAGCCAAUUCUUUGCCGUAUAGUAUUUUCCAGCCAGAUGUAGUUGCUUAUGCCUGUAAUCCUAGUACUCUGGGAAGUUGAGGCAAUUGUAUUGUCUGAACUCAAGAAUACAAGACUACAGAAGAGACCCCUGUCUACUACAAAUAGAGCUGGGCAUUGUGGCAGGUGUCUGUAGUCACAGCUACUUGGGGGACAAAGGCCAGAGAUGGCUCUAGCCUACAAGUUUGAGGUUGCUGUAUAUGCCAGAGCACUCUAACCCAGAGAGACAGACUGUCUCCAAAAACAAAAAGGGUGUUUUCCAAAUGAUGAGAGAACAUACACAAGCAUUUAAAUGAAUAGUUACUCAGAUCACAAUUCUAGAAAUAUUUGAGAUCCCUUGUUUGAAAAUGGGUGGUAUGUAAGUCCAUACCUACGUAUUCUGCUGAUUCUAGAAGUUUGGUUGCAUGGUUUUCUCUGCCACCCUCAAUUUGCUCUUAAUUACGAGAAACAAAAGAAGGGUAGAAGGCAGCUAGAAGCAAAAUCACAAAUUGGAGAACACUGUUAACUAGCUUAACAUAAGGUAAAGUACUAAACUAUGCCACACUGUAAACUAUGUAUGUCCCACCUUAAAACUCUCCACUUGAAAUAUUUAAAAUGAAAUCCACUCAAGCACAACAUUUAAAGAGUUAGUAGCAUUUUAGGCUAGAAUGCUGAGAACUGCUUCAAUUAUGAGAAUGUGUAGGGCAUCUUUUCUGGUUGACAAUGAUGUAUAAUGUUUGGCAAUUGAGAAACCUGUUGCAUUUUGAGUGCAGGUGAUCCUCCGGACAUACUAACUGAUGAAAAUUUAGAACUUGAUUCAACACUUCAGAGAACAGCAUAAGCUAAGAAACUGUAAAUAUGAGGUAAACAAAAUGUAAGAACUAUUAUUUAGAACGAAUGCUAUACUCAGUUUUUAUUGUUAAAGAAUCCUGGACUGAGACUAACCUUGAGUAUCAGAAAACUUAAAUGACCUAAGUUCUGCUUUUUGUUGUUGGCUGUUGUGUAGAGUGCUGUGGAUCUGCUUAGAGGAAACUGUUGCCUUAGCAACAGGAUAUAGAAGAACUUCUAUCCUGUUACCUAUUAUACCUGACCCAAUAAUAGGUAACAGGAUAGAGUAACCGUCCAAUGUUGAUAUAAUCUGGAACAUGGUAACACUUGCUACCUUUGUGCUGUUUUGACUAUUGAAAUUUAAAAUGUGACGUAUUCAUUUUUCUUUACAACUUGAAAACAGCAAAUUAGAUGAAAAGGAAAACUCAAAGAGGUUGAAGUGUAAGUUCCAGGCAACUAUUAACACAUUGCUGACCAGUUAACAUGGAGUUUGAGUAAAACUGUCAGUCAACGAUGUGUUAAAAGUUAAGAGGCACUAAGUGAUUCUGUAUUAUAAGCGAUUCUGUAUUAUAAGCAACUGGGAGAUGAGGAAGGAAGAAUAAAAUAGGCUGAAUUUGGGACAACUGGGGACUGAGAGAAAUGAAUCAGGGAACAGGUGCUAUGUUAAGUAUAAACUGGUUUAUCUGGAAAAACUACUGGAAAAUAUCUUUAAUGAAAAUGACCUUUAAACUAGAAAAUGUGUGUAGCAGAUACAUUUCACCAUUAAUCCAUUACAAGGAUACAAAAUAUUUUACCCAGAAAAGGAAAAUACCGAUCACCAAAAUACAAAGAAAUUCAAGGAUCUACUUAAUGGGGCUACUGAGACUGAGGAAGUCAAUGAAAGAAUUAUUCUUUGUUUUACCUUUAGAUUGCAUUCAGAAUAGUUCCAAAUGGCUUGGAUGGAUACAUAACACAGAACAAAUGCCCAUUUCGUUCAGCAUAAAUUCUUGGGCAUCUGCUUAAGUGUUACCCAGGUCUGACCCAUGACUAGACUGAAACUGUAUUAAUCUUGGAAGGGCCUUCAGGAGAGUUCCAACUAGUCCAGCCCUCUCUGGUUGGUAAGAAUGAAGACUACAGAGAAAAACUUAAAACUAAAACAGUGGCUCCCAAUUCUGUACAUUUACAUAAAGCAUCUUUAAUAAACAAAUUGCUUAUACAGCUAAAUUAUAGUUUUUCCAGGAGAAUUUUUAGGUACCUCAGUACUACAAAGAGUAGUAUACAAGAUAAAGAUAAAUCUGAAUCUAAAGUGAUCUACUGAUAGACUUUUGAAAAAUAUAUUUUCUUAUAGAUUAUAUAUGCCCUCAUCAUCCAGUAAUUAGGGGUUUUCUGGAUGAUUGAAUCUGUCUUCAAUUUCUAAUUCUUAAAAAUUUGUAGUUAGUUUGAAUCAUAGGAAAUUCCCAAGUUGACCCUUUUUGACCCACAGACAUGCAUUUCCUGUCAUUCAAUCUAUUGGACUUAUCUCAACCAGCAGUAGAGUGCAAUUCACGUUAACACCCACUUGCCAAAAGUCUAAGCAGAUUAAAAUUAUUGCUUUAUUAUAAAAGUUCUGCAAAUAAAACCCAAAUAUUAAUGCAAGUUAAUCCUGGGUUGUGAGCAACUAUAAUUCAUUUAGGCACUGUUCACACUAAUAAAGGACUGAAAUUUUUAAUCAGGAGCUCAGCAAAUUCACUAUCAUCAGAUAUCCUUAUAAAAAAGUACAAGGGAUCCAGCCCUUAUAUUAUAGCAAAAAUAGGAAGAUUGAGGUUUUUUUUUGCAGUGUUUGGCUGGGGCUGGGCUUGAACCCACCACCUCCAGCAUAUGGGGCUGGCGCCUUACUCAUUUGAGCCACAGGCGCCGUCCAAGAUUGAGGUCUUUUUAAGAACUUUUUUUCCUGUUGGAAUUUUGCCAAACCCAUACAUUUAGUUCCAAUUUCAAGUUCCUUGACACUUUCUGGAAGAAAAUCUAUGUGUAAAAAAUUUUCCAUUACUUCUUUCACAGCUACUUGACACAGGACUUAGGCAGUAUAGCCAGUUUUAUAAUUAUCUGUCGUUAAUAUAAGCUCCCUGUAGACACUAGUUGGUUAGAACCUUUAAAGUCUCAAUCUGUUCGCAGAGGACAUAAAUACUAUCAUUUACCCAAUCCAAGUACAUUUAGUCAACAUUGCUAAUAUUAUACCUGUGACUUAGUGCAAAGUUAAGGGAAGCCAGCCACAAAAGAACAUGCUAACAUGAAUGGGGAUCUAGAACACAAGCAUUAAAACACCAGCUGCUUUUUUGACUCCCACCACAGCUUAUCAUCUCUCUCAUCUGUCCUUUUGUUUACUUACCACCUACAAGUUUUAAAACAAUACAUUUAUUUAAGCAGCCUCCCUCCAUCUGUUCUAAGCAAUGUCUCAGGUAAGUUUGCAUAAACUCGCUAAUUUGAUGUACUGCUCUUAAUUCCACAUUAAAAUACAUGAUUAUUUUAAAUUAAGAUUUCUGUCAAUCUAUCCCUACAGUACUUUUACUAAUGUUAUCUGACCUGUUACCAGAGUAGAUACCAUUUCACAGUAGUUUUAGGCCCUUUUAAGGCUUAAAGAUGCCUAAACCAAGAAUCCUAGGCCUCCCAAGGUCUCAGAAAAGGCAGAUCAUUUUUUGCUCCCACAUAAUCUCAGCUGCUACUUCAUGGUUCAAUUCAGGUUCCAUGUACUAUUUCACAUACAUAUGUUAAAGCAGUUAUCUGAGCCAUACAAGGCUUUAUAGAGUACAUUUUUUCUGCCUUAGUCUUUGUUUAGUGUAUACUAGCAGUUCUCCCUUAGUAUGGUUCAUCCAAAAAAAGACAACAGCAGAAGAGAUGGACUCCUUUCAAAAUAAGUUUGGGAGGCUCCCUGAAUUAUAACUGUAGUUACCUCUGGAGAGUGGGCUUUUCAUUUAUAUUCCUGAAUAUGAGUAUGUCCUGUUUUAAAAAAAAAAAAAAAGGCCUGCUUAUCACAACUCUAGGCAUAUUUUUUAAAGGACAAAACAUAGGUUUGGUCAUUUGAAAUGAACCCGUUAUUUCUUGUAAGUUACUAAGUAACUGCUACUCCAAUGAACUGCUUCAGCCACACUCACUCUUUAAAUUGGUUUUGCUCCUUUCCCAUUGAAUCAAACUUUAUGGAAAAAGAAUUUUAGUGAAUCUGUUCUACAUGGGAGAAAACAAAAAAUCACUUUACCUCAACACAUUUGCCAAUUUAGGGAUUAAUCAAAAUUCUUCUGAUACCUUAUAGUUAAGUUGUAAUACAAUCAUACAGAAGAACUAUUUGACUUAUUUCUGGAACUUUGAUGGAUUUUUUAAAAAUCUGAGUAAAUUGGGUGGCGCCUGUGGCUCAGUCAGUAAGGUGCCGGCCCCAUAUACCAAGGGUACAAGGUUCAAACCUGGCCCUGGCCGAACUGCAACAACAAAAAUAGCCGGGCAUUGUGGUGGGGACCUAUAGUCCCAGCUACUCGGGAGGCUGAGGCAAGAGAAUGGCUUAAGCCCAGGAGUUGGAGGUUGCUGUGAACUAUGUAAUGCCACGGCACUCUACCCAGGGCCAUAAAGUGGGACUCUGUCUCUACCAAAAAAAAAAAAAAAUCUGAGUAAAUUUUUAAAAAUCAGGAUAGGAAACCAUUUGAUAUCUUUACAUAAAGUGCAAAAUCACACUAUUCACAACAUACUUCAAAAUUCUCAGUUAUCAGAAACAAUUUAGAAGGUUUCUGGAAAAACCACAUAAUACCAGAACAUUUGAACUUCAAUUAGAAGAAAUUUGAAGGCUAGGGUUAUAUACACACUGACCUAGCAAACUUUGCAUUUUUAACUAUACCCUGAAUUAAGCAUUAGGUCAUGUAAAUUAAAAUCACAACAUUUUUAUGCAGGUAUAAACUGACACAAGUGGUGGUGCUCGUAGCUCAGUGGUUAGGGUACCAGCCACAUACACCAAGGCUGGUGGGUUCAAACCUGGCCUGGGACAGCUAAACAACUGCAAACAAAAAAUCGCUGGGCGUUGUGGCAGACGCCUGUGGUGUGGCGGACACACUUGUGAGGCUGAGAAAAGAGAAUCACACAAGCCCAAGAGUUUGAGGUUGCUGUGAGCUUAGAUGCCACAACACUCUACCAAGAGCAACAAGUCUGUCUCAAAAAACAAAAGAAAACACGAAGUAUGUACAUAAAAACACGGCAGAUGCCAGGUUACAAAUAUGUUAGUCUUCCUCAGUGUAAAGUUUAUAUAUUAUAAAGCAAACCCUUUCCUAGGUCCACAUUUAUUUGACCUCACAAUUAGCUAUAUAAAUUAAUGCAUUGUUGUUACUCUAAUAAAACAUUCGGGGUUUUAUCUCUGCAAACUUAAAUUUGAUAGUGAUUUUCAAUCAUUGCUAUAAGAAUCUUCAAAAUUAGUUGCUUGAUACUCUAGAGGCAAAUUUAUUGGCCUAUCACUUAAAUAUUGCUCAUCAUACUUUAAUAACUAAAACCAAGGUAAAAAUUCGCUUCUGCCCCCACUGUCUUCCAAAAAGUUACCUUUCAUUAGAAUUUUGUAAUGAAAGAUUUUUUUUUUGUCCUCCCUGGUGGCAAAUGCAUUUAUCAAUUCCCAAAGCCAUCUAUUCUAACAAUCUCAAUUUUAAGUGUUAAGAUUUCAAAGGAUUCAUUACAAAAUGAUUACAUAGCCAACUGACAUUUUAAUGCUAUUUAUGGGAAAAUAUAGAUGCUUUUUAAAAAGCAAUCAAAGCAUACUAUUCUAGGCCUAUAAAUACCUCCAACUAUUCCAACAAUUGAUGUAUAAAGUAGAAAGUUAAAAAUCACCAAAUGGAAGAUCAAAGUUUAUUUACUACCUGCAUACAAAAAAACAUAUUGCACAUCAAACAACCAAAAAUCAAAAAAAAAAAAAAAAAAAGAAAGAAAGAAAAGAAAAAAGGGAGAGGAAGGGAAAGAAAGAAAAGAAAAAGAUACUCUACCAAAGACUAACAUGGAGUUUAUACAGAACAAACCUUCUGGAAAUUGAUCUUUUCAGUAGUUCAGGUUAUGUCUUGAAUGGACAUGACUAAUUCAGCUUAGUGUUUUAAACUAAAGCUAUGUUUGAUUUUUAAAUACUGUACACUUUAAUAAAUAAACCAAACAAAGCCUCAAGGUAGAACAGUCACUGCCAAAUAUCACCCAGUGUCCCUGC